AUGUUUGGCCUCCGAUUCUCGCGCUGGUACUUGUUCGUUGCUGCGUUUGCAGUGCAGUUCUGUCUCAGUUGCAUCUACGCCUGGUCGGUACUCAACCGCCCUAUCGAUUUCGCCAUCUACGGGGAUGCCGCAAAAGGUCGAGCGGUCAAUACCUUUUACAUUUGCGUCGGAGUCUCCGGACUCGCAACGGCCGCUCUCGGCCCAAUCGUUGAACGCAAUGGACCUCGAUGGGCUGUCUCCAUUGGUUCGACCCUGUUCCUAGUCGGUCACGUCGUCACGGGGAUCGGGUGCCACUAUCAAUCCAUCGCCUGCAUCUACGUCGGCUACGGUGUCAUCGCCGCCAUUGGAAUGGCGAUGUGCUACGUCUCUCCCGUGUCCACGCUUCAAAAGUGGUUCCCCGACUACCGCGGCACCGCCGCUGGCUUUGCUAUUGCUGGAUCUGGCGCCGGGGCAGCGGUCUGGAGCAAAGUGUACCUGCCCACAGUCGACGCAGUUGGUCUUCCGUGGAUGUUUGUCGUGGUUGGGGCCGUCAUGAGUGCCAUCAUGUACGUGUCUCUUAUCGCCCUGCGCGUUCCGCCUCAAGAUUACACUGUAAACGGUCUCAAUAUCCACGGCGACUGUGUCGACGAGAUCGAGGCUCUCGACGAAAAAGCCGAUAUUGACGCAUUCGUUGUAGUCCAUACACCCACAGUUAGGGAAGCCGCAAAUAACAACAAUGUCACUGCCACCAAGCUGCCGACCAAGCUGCCGACCAAGCUGCCGACCAAGCUACUCACGCUCAAGCAAGCCGUGCUGACGCCCGAUUUCGUUCUCAUCAACAUCAUGUUUCUCGCCAACCAGCUCUUUGGCGUCAUCGUAUUGGCCCGCCUCUCGAGUAUGUGCACCGACCUGUUCAGCCAAAGCGCCGCCACGGCGUCCGACAUCGUGUCCAUCAACAGCGUGUUCAAUUGCUGUGGUCGUCUCGUGUUCUCGGGCGUCUCGGACUUGCUGGUGCGCUGCUUCAAUGUCGAGAAGGCAUUUGCGCGCAAGGUCAUCUACUACAUCACGCUGGGCGUACAGAUUGUUGUCAUCGGGUCGUUGCCUACAGUGAUUCGCGACGACAACUUCACGUACUUUGUCGUGGAAAUGUUCGUGCUCACGUCAAGCUACGGCGGCGGCAUGAGUACAAUCCCGGCUCUGCUCACGGACAUGUAUGGCGCGUUCAACGUUGGCCCGAUGCACGGCAUCACGUUCUUAUCCGCGGCAAUUGGUGCUGUUGUUGGAGGCAUCGCCUUCAACGCCUCCUACAGUCACAAGGUCGAUAGUGGCAUGACCAUCGGCGAGGCGUAUAUCGACAACUUACAAGUUAUCCUGAUUGUCGUCUGCCUUGGGUUCGCAGUGCUUCUGUUCGUGCGAACAGACGAGAACGACCGGCUCGAACCGGGCUAUCACUACUCGCUGUGUGGGAGACGUGUCGUAAGCAUUUCCGCAAAAAGCAAAAAAGAGUCAACGGCUGAACAGUGCCAAGAGGCUGCUGAAGCCGAAGCCACAGUGGCAGAGAAACUGCCUGCGGGAGCUGUGUAA